AUGCCUGCCCGUCGGGCUUCUGGAUCCGGGGAGGCUGCCUGGGGAGCUUUGGCAUUCAUGAUCCCCGCAGCCUUGCAGCUGAAAGCAGGAUACGAGUUCCACCAAGUCAUGGACCUUGCCAGGCUUGUCCGAGCCCUGGAGAUAGCUCUGGAUGACGAAACCGCCCACCAGAAGGAGCUCGAGAAGCGGCAGAAGAAGAGGCAUGCCCGUCAAGAGCAACUCAAGAAGGACCUGAACGAUGGCAUUGCGAGGAAGCUGGAAGCCGAGAAGUGGCAGGCAGAAGAGGAGAAGCGAAAGGAGGACGAGAAGACGAAGGAGAAAGAGCGGCAUGAGCGCUACCGCCAGUCUCAGAAGGAGCGGCUAGAGAAGUGGCAAGAGGAGCGGAGCAGCUACGACUUCUUCACCGAUCCCGUCGAGCGUGCGCGCUUCAAGCGCAUGGAGAUGGAGAGGGAGGCUGACCUCCUCGCCCUAGAGAAGCGCGAGGCCAAGGAGGAGCGAUGUCCCCUCCGCCGCUUAGAGGUGGAGGCACGACUUCAGGAGUUGGAG